AUAGAGAUGAAUGUAACCAGUGUACGUGGUUACCAGUACACGUAUUCUUACAGACCUGCCGUGAUGACUAUAGUAACCUUAAGGUGUUUAGCUUAAAUGACACUGAUCCGUUAUCAUUGAUUUUGUUUAGAGGCGACUUAAAGUCAGUAUACAUUAAAUAACCUCGCAGGUCGGUUAAAAAUUGUAUUUUGUGUCUUAAUGCUAUAUAGUCAGUUACUCUUUUUUUAUGGUAUGUUGAAAUUUCAUUCUGUAAAUUCAAAGUGGGCUUUGCCUCACCAAUAGCCACACUCCUGUUUCAAAAUCAUAAUUUGUUUUAAUGGCUUAACAUGACCGGACACUGAACAAAUUAAGACCUCUGAGGUAUUUCCCACUCAUCCUCGGAGACUUCUGCACAGUGCUUGUGAAAUUAGCCUGAGCAUGUGUGGCACUGUGGUACUAGAUCCAAACCUCACAACAGGAAUGUAAACAAUCUGACAUAACAUGCAAUGAGUCACCGUUACCUGGGUGUGUCUGGCUGGCUUUUCACUGAACCUUUACAGUCAACGUAAAUGGGUCUGUUUUUGUUCAUGCUUGGCUAAAUUGUCCAACAUAAUUUGAGACAAGAUACUUAAACUCUUAUUGUAUGACGUGAACCAGAAAAUUGGGGCACUUCAGAGGGUUUUAAACUUCUUAAAACGUAUGGAAUGUACCAGUUCACCUGUCCAGAAAUCGGAAAGUGAAGAGACCAUGAGUAUGAUUUGUCCCUGAUGGUGAAAUGUCAGUCAGAACAUUACUUCAGGAAUUUCCUGUUUCCUCACUUCUUCUGUUUCUUUUUUUACGUAAUUCAAAAGAUGUUUAGUUUUUCAAAGUAUUUUUCACCUUGCCUCUGUCAUUGCUUGUUCAAAUCUCACAUUUAGAAAGUUCAACAUACCGUAAACAGUUUGCUGAAUUGAAAUGGUUUGCUUCUGCAUAUGGAGAGAUAAGGUAUCUCUGAGACCAACCGCCCAGCCCGGCCCGACCCGGCCUUGGAGGAUCGACCUGUGUGGCAGCUCUAAAUUAAUGAUGUGGGAGCAUGUGGUCAUCCUGCUGUAACUGGUUCUGCCUGGACUCCGCCACAGUGGAAGACAGAGGUGGCGCCCGACCAGAGGCCUACGCCAACUCCAGCUACACUGGCUAUCCCUCACCAUCGGCCUCUGGCCACAUCUGCAAGGCCUGCAGAGGGCGCUUCAGCACCUUAACCAGGAAGCACAUCUGCGUGGACUGCCGACAGAAUUUCUGCGACGGCUGCUGCGUGCAGUUAGAACAGGGCCCCAGGCUGUGCCACACAUGCCUGCGCUUCCAUGGCGCCCUGCCGGACCGUGCCAAGCUCAUGAAGUUCAAGGUGAAGGAUCUGCGUGACUACCUGCAUCUGCAUGGCGUCUCUACCCAGACGUGCCGUGAGAAGGAGGAGCUGGUGGACCUAGUCUUAGGUCAUCGGUCACCUGCAAGCGCUCUAGAUGUUCCGCUGCCAGGGACCACUGUGGCCCCACCCGCCGCACCUGCCCCGGUGCCCCCCCCUGCAUCGCCGGUCUUGCUGCCGCCAGCCUCGGAUGUCCCCACAGAGGUGGACCUGGAGCCACUGACUCAGGAGGAUAACCAGUCUUUAGAUUCAGAGGAUGCUGGUGUCCCCGGAAGGCGCGCCUCGCUGUCGGACCUGAGCGGGCCCGAGGAUAUCGAGGCUCUCAGCGUGCGGCAGCUGAAGGAGAUCCUGGCCCGAAACUUCGUGGACUACAAGGGCUGCUGUGAGAAGUGGGAGUUGAUGGAGAGGGUUCGUCGGCUGUACCGGGAGCAGCAGGACCUUCAGAACCUGGUUUCACGAGUGGGAAAUGACACAGCAGACCCCAUCAGCACCCCAAGCCAGGAGGAGAACCUGUGUAAGAUCUGCAUGGAUUCCCCCAUUGACUGUGUGCUGCUGGAAUGUGGUCACAUGGUCACCUGCACCAAGUGUGGCAAGCGCAUGAGCGAGUGCCCCAUCUGCCGGCAGUACGUGAUACGCGCCGUGCACGUCUUCCGGUCCUGACCGGCCGGCAGGGCCAGGAAAUUCAAUGAAUCACCAACUAGUCUUCCUGGUUACUGCGCCCACGCCGCCCCACCUCUCCCUGUCUUCCAAUUUGCACCGGUGGAGGAGGGUGUGUUCCAGUAACUCCACGCCCAGGGGCUGUGUGCACUGCCUUACCUAUCCAUGAUACUGCAGAGUAGGGUCUUCCUGCAUUUACUGGGUCAGAAGCGAUACAUGGAUGCUACAGUGGCCUUUUAGGGGAUCCUGACCAGCAGCCACCAGAACUACAGCGCUGCCGCCAGAUGGGAGGACACUAAGACCCAGGUCUCAGCAUCACCCCCUGCUGGUGAUUUGUGAUAUAGUCAUAUAGACUGUUGGAUAGCCUGGUCCUGGGAAGGAAACCGCCUCAGCAUGUGAACCAGAAAGGGGGCAUUUUUUCUGUGUGUUAUAUGCUCCAACAGUGCCUGUUGGUGUGUCCCACUGACGGUGCCAUUUGAAGCCAUUUUAGGGGUUACUUUAGACCAUAGAGGUCUAUUCCAUAUAACUAGGUUUGCCUUGAAUGUACAGAGUGGCUGCCUCUGACAGGCUGCACUAUGUGGCCUUUCAGUUAGCAUUGAGCUCCAUCCGCAAGCAUCAGUGAGCUGGUUUUAGGUUAACUUGUACUGAGGGUUACGCUUUCUGUGUAUACCCGUGUGUAUGUGUGUGUGUCUUUAUGCACUUUCACUGCAGAUGCCGACAUCACCGGUGUGCGUACAUGAUCCAUACACUCAUGUCUGAACAUUUAAAGCUGACCCUAGAGACUGGCACCACCUGUAGCCAUCUCAUGAUUCAUGGUGUUUACUUAUUUUGGCUGGAGGACGAGAUUCUAGGGGUAGCGUGAGGCUCCGUGAGUUAGGGUUCUGUGACUGUGAUCGGAAGGUCGCUGGUUCAAAUCCCAGGGACAGCAGUGCGACUUCUCUGAUGGAUCCCAUGAGCCAAGCCCUCAGUUUAUAUAUAAACUGUAUGACCCUGCUUCCUUAACAAAUGUAAGUCGCUUAGAAAUUAAAGGCUUGGCUCCACUUUGAUGGGAAUGGCACCUUAUAUGGUUUAUUACAUGGUUAUAGUAUAGGGAGGAUUUUAUGAUUGGGUUCGUUGGUUGUUACCUUGUAGGUAAUUAUGAAGCCUCAUCAGGUCUAUGGGAAGGCAGGGUGACAUCUGAUAGCUCAUAACGUUCGGUUUGUCCACUGCUGCUUUACCCAAACUGGGAUCUAAGAAUCACAAAUGCCUCCUAAACUAAGAGUGCGGAGGAGAGCUUGAGUUGGAACCAUAGUUUAAUCUCAUGAGUGCGUGUUCUCCUGUACUGAGGAGAACCCAGCACGCCGUCAAACUGAGGGGUGUUAAUGUGUGGUUUCGACCCUCUGAAAAUCAGCCUUAACCCGCCAAGUGUGCCUUGUUGUCUUACCAUUUAUCCAUGUUAUCCGAAACAUAUUGACAGGAAACAGCCAUGUUGAUGGUUUCUGGACCAGCAUGCAGCUGGUUCAGCAGCCUUCAAAGAGCAACAGAAAAUGAAUGUUUGUGUGCAGGAGGGGCGUGGCGACGUUUCAGGUUCACCAUGCUGCUGGGCACGAGAGCGACUCCUUAAAGGCACAGUACCCUGGCAGUGAGUCAGUGCUGUGCUCUAACAAGCAGUCCUCCACCACUAUAAAUAGGAUUCACUUGGGGAGGGCCGAGCUCCGUGAAUGUGUUACUAAAGCGACCUGCUCUAGCUUCUGUUAAAUGGAGAGGUUUUUACCUGCUGUGUGCAGAUACUAUACAGUUGCUUUUAUUAUAUUAACAGGGUAAAUUUAUUUCCACGGUGUGGUGCGAGAUGCUUAUUAAAAAAUGCUUGUUGUGCGUAUUAAAGAAUUAAGCUUCAGCCUUUGGUCUGUUGUAGAGCUUCUACCAAAAUGAGGAAUGUCUGUUGCUGGUAGUGUAUGUGUACGUCAUAAAUCGGCAACCGGUUUGGCUGGCUGUUAGGUGUCAUGAAAGCCCACAUAGCUGUAUGAGAACCUGUGCUGCAUCCUCAUUGGUUCCAUUUUCCUUGUGUUGUGAGACUCCCUGUUACAGACACCGUGCCGGGUCAUGUUUACUGCCUCUCAGCACAGGCCCUGCCUGACCUCCUCUUAAGCCAGCUGAUGCACAGUCUUGCUUCUCAGGUGUGACACCACCCCCCCCCCCCCAGGAAUUUUCGGGUAGGAUUGGGAGAUGUUACUCGUCAAUAACUCUGAGAAGGUGGGAGGUUCUUCCUGAAGUUCUGGACAUCCUCCUGCUGAAUUCCUUUCCUUUUGGAUUGUGGUUCUGACCAAAAUGUGAACAGCAAAGGGAUGCAAAUCAUGACAAAACUGUUAUGCAAAAACUUUAAUCAGUCAGUCUUAGUUUACUAUUAAUUCCAGCAGUCUAAGACAGGGUCCUUAUGUCUUACAAUCUGUAAACAAACUGAAACCUUAAAAGCCAUACUUUAAACUGGUAUUUUGCUAUUUCUAACAUUUGUAAAUAAACGGUUAUUUUUGUGUGGAUUAAUCUUAGUGUUUGAAAUGGGUAAUCCCCCCCCCUUCUUAUUUCAUCAAUGGAUAUUCUGCCAUCUAGUGGCCAUGCACUGUGAUUCAGACAACAGCCCAAAAAGUUCCGAACUCCACAGCUAUUUGGUUGCCUGUGGCUGUGGCAGGGUCAGGGGGUGCUUGUUGACCCCCCUCUCAUGCCAGCAUACGUCGAACAGCGGGUAGACCUUUCCCUGCAGAUCUGCCUGGAAUUUGUAGAUGAAGGUCAGCUCCUGGGGGCUGUCAGCAUUGUAGAAGGCCAGCUCACCUUUCUCGUAGUCUAGGUAGACCCCGAUCUUGGCAGGCUGGGCGCCGAGCGGCAGGCCCACUCGGGGGCUGGCAAAGGCCUCGUACAGGCGGCCCUCCUUCAGACCUAUGAGCCAGACGCCGUUCUCGGGGCUCUUAGGCAGCUUGCCCUUGCGGCAGAUGGUGCCUUUGACCAGCCCCAGACGCCACUUGGGCUUGGCCCCCACGCCCACCUCCCAGUAGUGUUUCCCCGAAGAGAAGCCACGACUGGCCAGCACGCAGUAGCUGUAGCGGAAGCGCUCUAGAUUGUUGGGCAUCUGUGCAGGCAGGGCGCCACACUCCACAGCCCUGUAGUCGUGGCUGAGCCGCAGCAUGGGGUGGGCCGUCAGGGGGUCCAGCUUCAGGCUCUCAGGGGCUGGAGGGGAAGAGCAGGUCAAGGCUAUCAGCGGUUUGGUCCUCUGUAGUGAUGUCCAAAACAAUGCUUCAUGAAUUUUCUGUCCCCACUAGAUGGUGCUGUCUGAUCGAAAAAGGGCAAAAACAUGCCCCAAAGCAAACCAAGAGCACCAUCUAGUGGAGUUAAAAAAAUACCACAUAUGGUUCAUGAGGCAUUGUUUUGGCCGUCAUUAGCAGUCUGCUAACGCUUUGUACAGCUCACUGAAUCUUCGCCAGGCUCUGUGGUGCAGAUGCCCUCUUACCCGGUAGGACCUUCCUGUGCAGCCGUUUCCAAACGGAGAUCUUGAUGUCGUCAUGGUGGAAGCCAGGCUUAAAUGUGACUGAGGUAUAGGCACGCUCCUCUCUCCACUCAUUCAGCUGGCACUCCCUGAUCCUGGUCAAACAGAACAGGGUGGAGCGAACUCAGGCUAAGCUCUAAUGGUUCAUGGACAUGUGAAUUGUCUACCUUCAAGACCAGAUGUUUUUUUCUGUGUGUUAAUCAAAAAAAUAAAGUUUUCUUCUUUAA